GCGGCUCUGCUCCGUGUCUUCAUCAUGAGCUCAGCUCACAGCAGAUUUCCUCCGAGCUCUGGACCACUUCAGGAAGCUGACACUCAUGUUCGGAUUAUUCCUCUCAUUCGGCUGAAAGUUGUUAAAGUUGUGUAGUGAAGUGACCCGCCUAGUUUGGGGACAUAAAUCUCAGCCUGCGUUAUGUCACUGCUUUGCGUCCGAGUGAAAAAGGCCAAACUGCACGGAGCUUCAGAUAAGUUUAAUGUAUAUGUGACUCUGAAGGUUCAGAAUGUUAAGAGCACAACCGUCACAGUGCGUGGAGACCAACCAUGCUGGGAGCAGGACUUUAUGUUUGAAAUUAAUCGUUUGGACCUGGGGCUGGUUGUGGAGCUCUGGAAUAAAGGUCUGAUCUGGGACACCAUGGUGGGAACAGCGUGGAUCCCCCUCAACACCAUCCGCCAAUCAGAUGAGGAGGGUCCGGGUGAGUGGGUCUUAUUGGACUCGGAGGUCUUGAUGAAGGCUGAUGAGAUCUACGGCACUAAGAACCCGACUCCUCACCUGGUGCUGCUGGAUGCACGGUUCGAGCUUCCCUUCGACAUUCCUGAGGACGAGGCUCAGUACUGGACCAAGAAGCUGGAGCGCAUCAAUGCCAUGAGGAUACACGAUGAGGAUGAAGAGUGUGGAUUGCCGAUGCCUUCCAUCCCCUCACAGUGCUCUCUAGAUGAUCAUGACAGCGCGGUGGACGACAGAGACAGUGACUACCGCAGCGAGACCAACAGCCGUCCUCCACGAUACUACACCACAGCCCAGCCCAACUCCUCUGUCCACCAGUACCCUGUGAGCCGGAGAACACGACCACCAGCCAAAGAGUCCAGAACCGAGACACUGCACAGCUAUGAGCUGGACUACAGGGAAGGAAGGAGUCAGAGCCCAGUGGACAGCUCUCGGUUUGGCUCAUCUGGUAACCUGAGCCAGGCAAGUUCCCAGUUCAGCUCUGAACCAGAGGAGAGAAAUGACCCAGAGAGCCAGAUCCGACCUCUUGUCACCACUCAUCCUCGACUGUCCUCACAGGAGCUAGAGAAGGGUGAAAGAGAGACACGAACAAAUUCACAAGAGCCAAGUAAAGAGAACGUCCUUCCUGCCCAGUCGGAGAGUUCCUUCAAAAUCGAUUCUCCUCCCAUCGCCUCGUCCCGCCUCCGCUGGCUAAAGGCCAUCAACAAAGUGCGAGUUCACCUGCACCAGACACAGAGUAAUGAUGGAAGAUCAAACCCACAACCAUGGACCAGUACUGGUGGAGGAGGAGGAGCGAUCUUUGGGAUUGACAGCAUGCCUGAUCUGCGCAGGAGGAAACCGAUCCCAUUGGUUAGCGAAGUGGAGCGAAUGAAUUGA